UCAGCUCCUCCUCCACAGCCAAGUUCACACACAGACUGCUGUGAGUCCACAGUACACUGCUACUUCCCUUACUUUGUCUAUGUGCUAACCUGGGAGCUGCUGCCAUUGAUUGCAAACAUCAUCAUUACUUGGAAUUACCAUCUCAUCUCCCUCAGCCAGCCCUGUGAUAACCAGCUGCAGGACACACGCAUACCAAUUCUGCUUUGCUUGUGACGGACACACAUUGGAACGAAGGGGAGACCAGGAAUGGCAACCGAUGUCUUCAACUCCAAAUAUUUGGCAGUACAGGCCCAAAAGAAGAUCCUUGGCAAGAUGGCAUCUUCUAAAUACAUAGCAACAUCAUUGAUUGAUGAUACCAGUGGGGAAGUAUUAGAUGAACUUUAUCAAGUAACGAAAGAAUACACCCAAAGCAAGAAAGAGGCUGAAAAAAUCAUUAAAAACCUCAUAAAAAUUGUUAUAAAACUUGCAGUUUUGUAUAGAAAUAAUCAGUUUAACCAGGACGAAAUUGCAAUGAUGGAAAAAUUCAAGCGGAAGGUCCAUCAGUUGGCUAUGACAGUGGUCAGCUUUCAUCAAGUUGAAUUUACAUUUGACCGUAAUGUGUUGUCCAAAUUGUUGAACGAGUGUAGUGAGCUACUUCAUCAAGUCAUCCAACGCCACCUUACAGCAAAGUCUCACGGACGUGUCAAUAAUGUGUUCGACCACUUUUCCAAUUGUGAGUUUUUGGCUGCUUUGUAUAAUCCAUUUGGACCUUACAAACUCCAUCUCCAAAGACUCUGUGAUGGUGUCAACAAAAUGUUGGACGAAGACAAUAUUUAAACUCUUGAAUAAUAUACAAGGGCCUUAUUAUUCUAUGUGGAUAGAAAAAAAAAGAAAACAACUAGGAGCUAUGAAGGAUUAAAGGACCAUUCAGAAAAUAGUAUUUCGUUUGCUAAAAAUAAAACUUGAACCAGUUUGCUUCAUUCUUUUUUUCUGUGAUGCUAUUUUCUGACUCUCCCUGGACACAUAUUUUAUUUCGUAAUUAUUCUAUGCAGAUUUGGUCCUGUAAUGCUUGUACACCAGACAAAAUAAUAGCUUCUAAAUGAAAAAUCCACAUUUUAAGCAGUGGUUUCAAAGGAAAAUGCACAGGAAACUCCAUACCUUGAAAGUAUGCAUCUGGGAUAAGAAUAUUUAUGGCCUUUUACAAGGUGACAUAAUGCAAAAAAAAUAAAUAAAAAAAAAAAAAAACUUUAGCACAUUUUUUUUCUUAAUGUAUGUCAAAUGUGUAUACUAUUUGCAUUUGUAUGAUCUUUAUAUGUAAAUGAAUAAAAGGCAGCUUUCUUUUGCUUUUGUUCUAAAAGCCUAUAUUUUGUAUGGCUUUGCUGCUUUUUUUUUUUUUUUUUUUUACAGUGGAUGAAUUUUUUUAUGUUUUCAGUGAUGUACAAUUUUGUAGGUAACUUCGGUUAGGUUUGUACCUUUUGGCAUGUUAGCGUGCCUUAUAUCUGCUCUGGCUGAUUAAUGAUGAAUAAUGAGCUUCAUGAUUUCAAAGAAAAAAAUAAAUCUCUUUAAUAAUGUUGCAUAUAAAAUAUGUGGCAUCUACAUUGUGAUUUCAGAUAAAUUACGAUUUCAGGAAGUACAUACCACAACCAAAUGUUUCAUAUAUUGCAAGAUAAUCAUGUGCACAUCAAAAUGCUAACUCAAGAUUAUAUUAAACACCUGUUAGGUUUA